AAUCGGUUCUUUGUUGAGAAGUAAGUUCAGUUUAAUUUCGUUAUUUCUUCGAUUUGUAUUAAAUUAAGGACUUCCAUGAAUCCUCUUUUUAAAUACAGCUUUCAAAUACCCCAAGGGACUCAUCAUCUAAAGUUCUCAUAGUCCAUGCUACCGGUAUGGAUCCUAAGAAGGUUUCAGUCUUGGUUACUGGUGGUGCUGGUUAUAUAGGGUCGCAUGCUGUGGUUAAACUAUUGGAAAAUGGUAAUAUGGUGGUGGUGAUUGAUAACUUGUCAAAUUGUUAUAAAGCUGAAGAUCAGUCUAUGCCAGAAUCUCUUCUCCGUGCACAGGAAAUCUCUGGAAAAAAACUUAAGUUUUUGUCUGUUGACCUCUUAAACUUAACAGCACUUGAAUCAGUUUUUAAGAGUUAUCACUUUGACUGUGUGAUGCAUUUCGCUGCCCUUAAAGCUGUGGGUGAAUCAUGCCAGAGACCAUUGCAAUACUAUAGAAAUAAUGUUGUUGGAACACUGAAUCUUCUUGAUGUAAUGAACAAAUCAGGGUGUUAUAGUCUCAUUUAUUCUUCUUCCGCUACCGUCUAUGGAGAUCCUACUAGUCUCCCUUUAGUCGAAGGUUCACCUACUGGUUCUGUUACAAAUCCAUAUGGGGGAACAAAACACACUACUGAAAUGAUUAUGUCCAAUUUAUGUGCCUCUGAUGAUAGGUGGAAGAUAGUUUCAUUGAGAUACUUCAAUCCAGUUGGUGCUCAUGAAAGUGGUCUGAUGGGAGAAGAUCCCAAUGGAAUUCCUAAUAAUCUCAUGCCUUAUAUUGCUCAAGUAGCUGUUGGUAAGCUGAAGGAACUCAGUAUUUAUGGCAAUGAUUAUAAUACCAGAGAUGGAACUGGUGUCCGUGAUUAUAUUCACAUUCAGGACUUAGCGGAUGGGCAUGUGAAGGCUCUAGGGAAAAUAUUUGAGAAAAAUUUUAAUGGUUAUAACGUCUACAACCUUGGAACUGGCCAAGGACAUACAGUUCUUGAGAUGAUUAAGGCAUUUGAAGAAGCUUCUGGAAAAGUAAUCCCCUAUAAAAUUGUUCAAAGAAGAUCAGGAGAUGUUGCUGAAUGCUAUUGUAACUGCAAGCUUGCUAAUCAUGAGCUUCAAUGGAAAGCAAAGAAAUCUUUAAAAGAUAUGUGUGAGGAUAUGUGGAGGUGGCAGCAGAUGAAUCCCAAUGGUUAUUCUGGAAUAGAUAACAAUCAAAGCAGCUUUGCUGAUAAGGCCAAAAAUGUUUAUGUGAAGAAAGGAGGAAAAAUUUAUUCUUCCGGCAUUGAUUCUAAUAACAGCUUCUUAGAAGAGUAACCUCAAAACUAGUUCUAUUGAUGAUUAAGAAACAUCAUGUUAUUGUUAUGGAGUUCUGAUAAAAGGGGUGUUAAUAGAAAAGUUACAACUACUACUGUUGUAGAUAUCUAUGAAUUAUUGUAUAUUUGUUUAUUUAGUUGAAAAUAUAAAAUAUUAUUGUAUGUUUAACGUUACUAUAAACAUAAUAAAUUUUGAAGUUGUUGUUUCUAUUAUUAAAACAAUAACACUGUUAUCAUAU